AUGUCCAGCCCAUAUACCGUAUCGACAGGCGAACGGACUUUUCCCGACCUUCUCUUCCGCUGCUGCUCGAAUCAAAGUGCAGGACGCCUGCUAUGUGGUCAACUUUCUUCAGAACCUGUGGGCAAUACAGAUCCAAACACGGAUCUGGCAGCCGAGUUCUUAGCCCACAUUGAUCUUCCUAACACGCAGCCUACUAGGCUGAUUUCCACAACUACAAGCCUCCUGAGAGUCCUUCACUUAGCAUUUCAGAAACUCAAUGCCGGAGAGACUGGUAUCGAAAUAAUUUUCAUCUCGCCAGAAGGCUCGACAGAAGGCUCGCCAUUGCACGGCCCAGUUCUAGCGAGCAAUGCUGGGAUGCACCAUACUGAGGCUGUUCACUAUCAAUCCGAAUACCUCUGGCCUUGGAGAAUCCCCGAAGCGUGUGUUCUGACUCGCGUGGACCUGGAUGUCUUGGAGAGCAGAGGAUUCACAUUGCAAGCUCUACUUGGCCCGUUACAGUCCCCACCCUCCAAUCUUUCCGAGUUCUCGAUGGCGUUGAAAGGAAGAUGGGCGGUGACGGGGAUAGUUGAGCGAUCCAUUGCCUUCGCCGCAGCUGCAUGUCGAUUUGGAUACUAUGCUCCAGUACCGUGUAUCUUCUGGGGUUUACUUGAGAACAGCAUCAAGAAAGGCGUGAAGUGGGGACACUAUCGUGAGGACAUUGAAGAGAUCCUGGAGGAUGCGAUGUGUUCUCUAGCCGAAGACGUUUGCGACCGAUCUCUGGCUUUCGAGACAGAUCUUGCCGACCUAAGCUGGGAAUGUGCUGAGCUUCACCAUAACCAUGCCGAGAAGUUAGAUCAGCUAAUUUAUCCACUGUUACAAGACGAACCCGCUCUAGACAGUCAGCUCCGAGAGGAAAAUAACGCAUAUCAGCACAGUAGGGAGCAUUUACAGAGAUGCAUACGAGAUAUCUACGUGGAGAUCGGAUUACAAAGCACUCUAGAGAACCGCUAG